AAAUUAAUGAAACUAAUGAAAUAGAUAUAGACACUUCUGAAAUAAACAUGGAUUGUUUAGAAACUAAUAUAAAUAACUUGGAGGCCGCGCAAUUACAUCUUUCACAUGACCAAAAUUGUUCAAUGCUUGAGUAUAAUAAAAAAAAAAUCACUCAAAUUUGCGAUAAAAGUAGCAUCCUUUAUUCACGUCUUGAAUUAGUCGCAAG